AUGAAUUGGCUGAGGCAAGGAAAUGGCACCAGUCGUUCCAGCCCGACCGAAUCCAAGGCCACAACCACAUGGCCCGUUACCCAGCUGUUGGGGGUUCUGCCCAAGCUACUGCACUCCGGUGUUCGAGACCUAAAAUACUACUCUCGUCGAAAUGACUGCCUCACAAUACAGGCUCAGACACAGAGAAGCCGCAGUGCAAAUGCAGACGAGAACCACCAAAAGCUCUUCGAAGAGAUCCAGAGCCUGUAUCGGAGAACAGUGCCCGGCGAAACAAGGCCAGAGAAGGCCAAGAAAUAUGCAGCGCUAAAGAAGGGUGCCAAUGAGGCUCGAAUGAAGUCAAAAAAAUUGCAGAGCUUGAAGAAGUCGUCCCGCAGAGGCUCUCAGGACUGA